AUGUUUGAUGACCAAACAAACAAUGCUAUAGCUGAGAUUUCCUCUAGCUCUGAAGCUAAAACUCCAAUUGAUGAGAAAUCAAUUGACAAUUACACCCUUACUUUAAAUCAAUCAACUGUCGAGCAAGAAUUAUAUUUUGAAACUAUCAUCCCCCUCAUCAAUCAGACGUUGCUUGAUAGCACAUAUCCUGCCAUUGAUUCAACGGGGAUUCUCAUAAAGCUAUUGGAAAAGGUGUUGUCCUAUC